AUGGAUUUCGAAUUUCAAGAAUCCGACAUAGUUUUCACCUAUCAAGAUCAAGCAACGACGGAUCAGAGCAGCAACGAGGACGAGCAUGACUACUACAGUUUUUGCAAUACAUUGGUGGUGCCGAUUCGUGAUGAUUCGUGGGCUCAUGGCAAGUCAAACAAGAAGAAGGCCAAGAAAAAAAUGACAAACUCAUCGCCGGUCGAUAUCCCGGAAACUUUCAUCCGGUCCCCCGAAUCGGACUAUGCGUACGAGGAGGGGGAUGACGAAGGGGAGGUCGUGCCACCGCACUUGAUCGUCAGGCGGCGCGUGGCCACGAGGAUGGCGUCCUCAGUAUGCUUUAGCCAUGGGAGGAUGCUCAAGGGGAGAUAUUUGAGCGAAGUGCGGAAUUCAAUUCUUAGAAUGACAGGCUUUUUGGAAUCAUGA